AUGGUUAUUAAAGCCGAGUACAAGAGAAGGUAUGCAUUGCUGUUAGCAGCGCGAGACUCGGAGUAUGUUAAGAAGGUGUACGGAGGAUAUUUCAAUGUGUUCGUUGAUGCUUUUGGUGAAAAAGAAGAAAAUGAAAAAUGGGAUUUAUACAAGGUUGUAGAUGGGGAGUUCCCUGAUAAAAAUGAGCUUCAAGACUAUGAUGGGUUUGUUGUAAGUGGAAGCCCAUAUGAUGCUUAUGGGGAUGACAAUUGGAUUCUUGACCUUUGUUUACUCUUACAAACUCUUGAUUCCAUGCAAAAGAAAGUCCUUGGCAUUUGCUUUGGCCACCAGGUUUUAUGUAGGGCAUUAGGGGGGAAGGUAGGAAAAUCACAUAGUGGUUGGGACCUUGGGCUUAGGAAAGUGAGGAUUGUCAAAGAUUUCUCCCCAUGUAGCUUUUUUGAAAGUUUGCCUUUGAUGCCCCCAGAUCUCUCUAUCAUUGAGUGCCACCAAGAUGAGGUGUGGGAGGUACCAACAAGAGCACAAGUCAUAGCUGUCUCGGAUAAAACAGGAGUUGAGAUGUUCACAAUUGGAGACCACAUUCUUGGGAUCCAAGGUCAUCCGGAGUACUCCAAAGACAUUCUGAUCAACAUCAUUGACCGUCUUCUCACUCAAGAUUCCAUUCAGGUUGGCUUUGCAGCAGAUGCUAGGUCCAAGUUGGAAAUUGCAGAACCAGAUAGGAAGUGUUGGCAGGAAUUGUGCAAAGCAUUUCUAAAGGGUUUGUGGAAUGCACAACCCGAAAUAAAACCUUGAAAAUGUAAUAUAUUGAUUGUAUUAUUUACUUCUUUUCUAACAUAU